AUGCCGCGGCUGACGCCGGUUGACGCGAGGCUCAUUCUGGACCACGUCCUGGGCGACCCCUCGGUCCCCGCCGCCGCCGUCGACAAGCUCCUCGCCGCGCUCCCCUUCCCCUCCGACCCGACGCCGCGCCUCCGCCGCGCGGUCCUCCUCCGCCGCCUCGCCGCCGACCCGGUCUCCGAAUCCUCUCUCGACACGCUCCAGCUCCUGGCCUCGCUCCCCGCCCCCGCCUCCCCAAUCGCCGCCGCACACAUCGCCGUCGCGGCCUUCAUCGCGGCCUCCGCGUCCGACUUCGACGCCACCGCGAGGGCGAUCUUCGCGCGCCCCGACGGCCGCGCGCGCCUCGCGGUCGACGAGGGAGGGUCCCCCGCGCUCGCCUCUGAUGAGGUCAUCGCCACAGUGGACCAGUUCGAGGCCGCCGUCGGGAACUCAUUCUCUCAGACCGUCCUCAGGGGCCUGUGGGGCGACCGGUCCGCCACGGAGGAGCGGGUCAGGGAGCUCCUCGCCGCCGAGUGGGCUGCGAUUGGGCCGUCGCUGCUCGUUGUGGCGGCUGAGCGGAUCGUCGGGGAUGGGGCCGUCGAGACAUGGCGUGCCGCGGAUGAGGCCACCCGUGUCAAGUUGCGCAUUUUGGCUGGGGAAGAAAAUACACGUGAGGUUCUCGGCAAACUUGAAGAACCUACCUCCAGUGCAAAUCCAAUUUCAACACCAGCUGUGGAGAAGGCGAUUGACGCGCUCAAAACAAGCUGUGCUGACCUUCACAGUGUUGUGGAGGAUCCGCUUCCAGCUGCGAAGGCAGUUGCAGAUGAGGUAUUGGCUGCAAGGUUGGAGAAAGGCGUUAGUUUGAAUGCUGAAGAAGUAAGAGGUCAGCCAACAACUUGUGGCACUGCAGGCCCAAGUGCUCCUAAUUAUAAAGACAAGGGUCCAAGUACAGGUAAACCUCACAACCUUAUGGAUUGGAACCCAACAACACGGACCUUUCAGUGGGAGGAGUCACCUGGUCCUGAGAGUUCAGAAUCAUCAUUACGCAGACCGCACUUGCCUAGCCCAAGGAGAGCACCAGUUUCUCCUUUGCCGCCUUUAGAAAACAAAAAUAGGCGUAGAAGGGCAAGGAAGUGGUGCUUGUUGGAAGAAGAAACACUAAGACAGGGUGUUGAACAUACUGGAAAAUCCAAUCAGUCCGUGAAGGGAAUCCUACGGGCUGAGAGUGCGCCAGGCCCACCAAAUCCUCGCCACCAUCCCAGGAGAAAAAAGGAAAAUCCUCACCCGCACCGCUCAUCUCUCCACAACGGCAGCAGGAAGCCAGGAACCGCCGCCGGCAGCUUUCUCGUCAAGCCCGGAGCGCCGGACGCCAUGUUGCCCCCGCUUUCUUCGGCUCCUUCCCGUCUGCUCCCCAGGCGAACUGUCGCUUCCGCCACCGCCUCCUCGCCCUCGCCCUCGCCCUCGCCCUCGCCAGCAGGAGGGCACGGCCGCCGCCCCCUGCGCUACGCCGUCCUCGGCGCCGGCUUCGCGGGUCUCUCCGUCGCGUGGCACCUCCUCAAGCAUAGCCCGAGGGAUUCCCGCGUGUCGGUGGACAUCUACGACGAGAACGGGGUCGGGGAAGGCGCGUCGGGCGUCUCGGGAGGGCUUCUCCAUCCCUACUCGCCUAAAGUAAAGCUUCUCUGGAGGGGUGCUGAGUUCUGGAAAGAGAGGAUGGAUCUCCUUCGAAGUGCAGAGCAAGCAAACGGAACCACGGGGUCAGAUACAACUAAUCAAGAUGAUAACCUUAUCUGGAGAAGGGGAAUUGUACGGCCACCUACAACUGAGAAGGCUGCAGACAUAUUGCUGGAGGCACUGUUCUCUGCAUGCCAAAAUCUGGCAGAUGAAGCAUCCUCAUUACAUAGUGAGCAGAAAGAAUUCAAGCUUUACAAGCAACAUGUUGAUAAUCUACACCAUUUGGCAGGCAAUUAUGAUUCGGUUAUCAUCUGCCUUGGGGCCAAGGCUCACUCACUUCCUGAACUUGCAAAUAAGUUGCCACUUAGGACCUGCAGAGGAGUUAUCGCUGAAUUUCAGUUGCCAUCCAAUACAGUAGAAGAGUAUGGCAGUCAAAGCCCUUCAAUCUUAUCUGAUGCAUGGCUGGCAUUCCAAGGACCACGAACUGUUUCUAUUGGGUCAACUUGGCAAUGGAAAUCUGAGAACGAUUCUUCAACUGUAUCUGAUGAAGAAUCUCUUACAGCAAUGGAAGAGUUGCUCCCAAAAGCUUCUGGCGUAUAUCCAAGAAUAAAUAAAUGGGAUUUUGUACGUGCAAGAGCUGGAAUACGAGCCAUGCCUCCACUUACAGCUAAUGGGUCAUUGCCGCUUUUGGGUUGUUUGGACGAUUUACUAGGCAAGAAGAGCAACUGCACAUUUUGGCUAGUUGAUGGACUUGGUGCCAGAGGUCUUCUGUAUCAUGGUUUAGUUGGAAAGUUGACUGCCAAAGCUGUGAUUUCCUGUGAUGAAAACAUAAUACCUUCUGAGUUCACGUGCGGGAAUAUGCCUGACCUUGUGUCCAAAGAAUUGUGCCGAGCCUGUAUGUUUCUCCUGGUGAACUCAAAUGGCAGCGCUGAGGCUUGGUUGAGGUGCAAGUCUCUUUCUGUUCUAGGAAACAAUUGGGUGAGUGGAGCAGAGUUGAAUCGUCACUUCUGUAAACCUCUCAAAGGUUAUGAGUUUUGCAUGAGUAGAGUAUUCAGAUCAGUAAAGUAUUCUGGCAUUCACUAA